AUGGAUGUAUUGAAUACUCUCCUGAAGUACGCUCAGAUGCCUGGAAAUCAUGCUCUUUUCACGGCGAUUACGCCGUCACUGGGACAUAUCGUACCUAUCUUUCCUUCUCUUGCCCCGCUGGUAUCGAUGCUGCUACUACGAAUAUCAUCUGUGACUAGAACGCAGUUAACAAUGAACUGCCUCGAUAUUUUCCCCUCGCUUGCCCCGCUGGUAUCGAUGCUGCUACUACGAAUAUCAUCAGUUACUAGAACGCAGUUAACAAUGAAUUGCCUCGAUGUUCGCCCUAAGAACAGUGGAGAACGCAAGCUUGCAAAUGUAGUGGAACGAGUGCUGAGCUCUCGUUUGAAAGUCACGGAUUGA